CAGUGAUGGCCUUCCAUAUGGGUUCACUCGGAUUCUUGACUCCCUUUGAGUUCGACAACUUUCAGGAUCAGGUGUCCACUGUUCUCGAUGGUCACGCGGCUCUUACCUUAAGAAGUCGUCUCCGAUGUCUAAUUGUCCGCAAGAAUGAGACAAUCACUGCUAUUGAGAAGCUGUCGAAACAAAACACAUGCCAUUUGGUGCUCAACGAAGUGGUUGUAGAUCGCGGGCCAUCGCCUUAUUUGUCAAACAUUGAUCUAUACAUCGAUGGCAAACAUAUCACGACAGUUCAGGGCGACGGACUCAUCGUCUCGACGCCCACCGGGAGUACCGCUUACGCUGUAGCGGCCGGAGCCUCAAUGAUCCACCCGAGCGUACCCGCCAUUAUGGUUACACCCAUUUGCCCGCACUCUCUAUCAUUCCGUCCGAUCGUAGUUCCCGCAGGAGUUGAGCUCAAGAUAUGUGUGUCG